UCCCCGACGCUCAUUGACAUUUCAUCUCCACGACGGAUCCGAACUUUGAUAGAUGCGUGCCGGGACCUAAAAGUUUGCGUGGGAACCGCAAGAGCAGAGGAAGAGAAGAGGAGAAUAUUGGCGCGCAGGAUCCGCUGGCGUCUGCUCGCUUCUUUUCACGGGAUAUCCCCUCCGUCUCCGCCGAAGACCACUGGAAACUAAUUUUUCCUCCACUGAACUUCCCGAGAGAAAGAAAGAGAGAGAGAGAGAGAGGAAGGGAGAGAGAGAGAGUCGCCUCUUUUUUUAACCUCUUUCUGUUCCGUGGAGAACUGUAGAGUUUGUCCAGGACUUUGACAACCAGGAUGCCCCAAAAAGGGAGAGAUUAAGUAGUGAAAACGGCAGAUGAUUGACUAAAUUGUUAUAGAGCCGACAGUCAACUCUGUUUCCAGAAUACCACAACCAAGCUACGUGGGAGUCUGGAGUAGCCUCAAUGAUGCAGAACAGACAAGAGGUGUAUGACAUCUGUGAUGAAGGUCACAGUGGCGUGAACCAGCUUGGUGGUGUGUUUGUUAACGGUAGACCGCUGCCGGACUCCACCAGACAGAAAAUAGUAGAACUUGCGCACAGUGGAGCUCGACCCUGCGACAUCUCCCGGAUCCUGCAGACCCAUGAUGAAGUCCAAGUGCUGGACAGUGAAAAGGUGUCGAACGGCUGCGUGAGCAAGAUCCUGGGACGCUACUACGAGACGGGCUCCAUCAGACCGAGAGCGAUCGGCGGCAGCAAACCCCGGGUCGCCACGCCAGAGGUGGUCGCCAAAAUCGCGCAGUACAAGCGGGAGUGCCCGUCCAUCUUCGCCUGGGAGAUCCGGGACCGGCUUCUGUCGGAGGGCAUCUGCACCAACGACAACAUUCCCAGCGUGUCGUCGAUAAACAGAGUCCUGCGCAACCUGGCGAGUGAGAAGCAACAGAUGGGCGCAGAUGGCAUGUAUGACAAGCUGAGGAUGCUCAACGGUCAGACAGGAACUUGGGGGACUCGGCCCGGCUGGUACCCCGGAACAUCAGUGCCAGGACAGCCCAACCAAGAUGGUUGCCAACCUCCGGACGGUGCCGGAGAAAACACCAACUCCAUCAGCUCGAACGGGGAGGACUCCGAGGAGACCCAGAUGAGGCUGCAGCUGAAGAGGAAGCUGCAGAGGAACCGCACCUCCUUCACGCAGGAGCAGAUCGAAGCGCUGGAGAAAGAAUUCGAAAGAACACACUAUCCGGACGUGUUUGCCCGCGAGAGACUAGCGGCCAAGAUCGACCUGCCGGAAGCCAGAAUACAAGUUUGGUUCUCCAACAGAAGAGCGAAGUGGAGGCGAGAGGAGAAGCUGCGGAACCAGCGGCGCCAGGCCAACAACUCCUCCAGUCACAUCCCCAUCAGCAGCAGCUUCAGCACCAGCGUGUACCAGGCCAUCCCGCAGCCCACCACGCCAGUGUCGUUCACCUCGGGGUCCAUGCUGGGUCGACCCGACUCGGCGCUCACCAACACCUACAGCGCGUUGCCCCCCAUGCCCAGCUUCACCAUGGCCAACAAUCUACCUAUGCAACCCAGCCAGACCUCCUCUUAUUCCUGCAUGCUGCCUACCAGUCCGCCUGUGAACGGGCGGAGCUACGACACAUACACGCCCCCUCAUAUGCAGGCACAUAUGAACAGCCAAUCAAUGACCGCUUCUGGUACCACCUCAACAGGACUCAUCUCUCCUGGAGUGUCUGUCCCUGUCCAAGUCCCAGGCAGCGAGCCUGACAUGUCUCAGUACUGGUCCAGACUACAGUAGAGAGAAGAGCUACUUCACUUUGUAAACACCGUCGCCCUCCGGCUCCUCUCUCUCUCUCUCUCUCUCACACACACACACACACACGCUUACAAACACACACAGACGUGCGCGCGCGCGGCACAGGAGAGGAGAAGGUUGGACGAGGACGAGAGAAAGACUCUUGGAAAAAGCAGGUCUGGACUUCCCGCUGUGCUCAAGACUUGGAGCAUGAGGAAAAAAAUGGACCUCUGUGAAGUGCCGGUGUUACAUUUUUACGGAACAAAACUUCUGUUUUUUUUUUCUAUUUCCAGCUCGAGUCAUUGUUUCCUUUUCUCUCUCUGGUGUUAGUGAACGGCCAUUUGUAUGUUGAUGUGAGACUAGAAGAACCAGGAUGUUGGAGGAGCAGUUGCCAUGACGAUCUUUUUUUAAUCUGCUUAUAUCGAGACUUUCUACCAGCCUGUGCAUGGUUCCCCCGGACGCUGCGGCAUAUCCACAAAAAAAAAAAAAUUCUAUUUAUUGAUCCGACGGAGGACGCACAGAUCAGGUGCAAAAAUCUGUAAAGUCUGUAAAUGGUAGACUGCGUCUUCGAUAUAAUCCAGUUUGUUAUGUCCAAAUGUAAAGUACUUGUCUUCCCUUUUUGUUUUUUUUUUUUUUGUUUUUUUUUUUUUUUGGAAUCUCAGAAGAAGAUUUCCACCAAUAAAUUUCAUUUAUAACCCCCGAGAAUAUUCUAUAAAUGUUCCGAUGCAUCAUGAGGAAACCGUUUCUUUAGGGUCAGGUUCAAUUUGUCUCUUAGCUAGAGUUGUAUUAUAGUGUCCUAUGGUCAAAAAAAAUUGUGCGACUAGAAAUAUUUAAUUCCUAUAAUUAUGACGAAAACAUUGCUCGACAAAGUUUUAAACUUCAGUGUUUGGCAGUGAUUACAAGUACAUAUCAGAUUUAAUCAUUGUUGAUUGUAAAACAGACCAAAGCCUUUGUAUUUCAUCUAGUACACAGUUUUGUUUUGUUUUUUUUUUAAGAAGAAAAUUUUGUUUUUGUAAACACGUUCUGUUGCGAUGACAUCGGCUUUGUAGGACCGCACCGGUUCUUAUUUAUAUUCUGAGACCAUGGGAGGGUUUUUCUAGCAUCAUCUGUCCUUUUUAUUUCAGUGUGUGUGUAUAGAACAUGGACACAUUCUGGGUUUUAACGUCUGAGCUUCUGAGAUAACGAAAAAAAAAAAAGUCUACACGCUGUCUCUUAAAUAUUUCAAUUUAAUUUUAUUUAAAAUGGAGCUUUCUAAAUGUAUUUUGUGAAAACUAUAAAACAUUUUGUACAGUAAAAUUGUGUCUUAAAGAAAAAAAGCACUGUGCCUGGUCAAUGCAACACACACCCAUCACACAUUGGUAUCUAUCCUUGUGGGGACCUCUCAUUGCCAUAACCCUUUCUUUAAACUGAACCAUCCAAAACACAUGGCUCACCUGAACCAGGACUCCCAAAAUGUCCCCACAAGGAGGUAUAUUUCCAAGAAUUGGCUCCUGUCCCCACAAGUAGAUGUGUCCACACAUGGACAGCUAUACAAGUACACACACACACACACACACGACACAAACUCGGAAAGGUCAAACAAAUCACCAUCGCUGGGUCACAUUUCAGUGCGAGAGAGAGAGAAAAAAAGACCUAAAAUAAGAGCGAGUCCGAUGAGCACUUGUGUGGCAGAGUGAGUUCUUUUGCUUCACUUGCCUCAGCAGGGUGCGUGUGUGUGUGUGUGUGUGUGUGUGUG